CACCUCCACGCCUUUCGCCGGGCUGCUGACGUCUCAGUCCUGGAAACUGGCUCGUGCGAGCAGUCGGCAUACGUCAUGGCGGCCCGGCACCUCUUCGUGGCUACGUGUACGUGGGCAGCGAGGGAGUUCCCAGACCCUGCCGCCGCCACCGCCCCUGGAAGACUCUUGGUUCGGUAUUAUGCCAAGAAGCCAGUGCUGAAGGGAUCGAAGGGCAGCAAAGGUGGUGUGGUCGGGGAGGCCUUGAAGGACCCGGAUGUGUGCACAGACCCCGUGAGGCUUACCACACACGCCAUGGGUGUCAACAUCUACAAGGAGGGCCAGGAUGUGGUCCUGAAGCCGGACACCGAGUACCCCGAGUGGCUGUUCCAGAUGAACGUGGGCCCCCCCAAGAAGCUGGAGGAGCUGGACCCUGAUACCCGAGAGUACUGGCGGCUGCUGCGGAAACAGAACAUCUGGCGAGAAAACAGGCUGAACAGGAACAGGAAGUUCUAGAGGACCAGGAGGGGCACAGCAUCCCCUUGCCCCCCUCAAAGACUUUUCAGGGAGAAGAGGGCCUUUGCAAGGAUUGCAGGAGGCCCCAGCCUGGGUGUGUGAGGCCCCACAGUGGAGCUGGACCAGCCCCAGGCCUGUAAGGACUGCUCCAGGACAGGUGUAGUCCACACUCCUGAGGCUGAGGCAGGAGGAGUGGUGCCCAGUCCUGCAGCAGAUGAACUAAAACAGGAGGAGCAUGAGUGUGAGCCUGGCCUGGGUAACCCAGCAACUUAGAGAGACCCUGUCUCAAAAAUAAAAGGGCUGAGGAUUUAGC